AAUAAAAAAAACUCCACUCUUGGAAACAUCCAAUUCCAAUUUUGCUCUUAUAAUGAUCGAAGUUCUUGAUCCUAAAUCACUAUUCUAUUGAGUGAGAAAUCCCUCAACAAUCCAACAAACCUCAAAUUUUCGUUGAAAGAUAAUGAACCCAGACAAUGUCAAAAUCGAAAAGGCCAACGCAAUCUACGAGUACAAUAAUAACAAGCUACAAAGAUUCACUACUUUGUUCCGAUUCAUUGAGCUAAUUAUUUUCUUAAUUGUAAUCUCUAGAUUACCAAUUCAGCUUCCAUUCAACAUUAAUGUCUCUACUGACCUUCUCAAAGGAAUCUCAUUUAGUUCUAAAUAUGUUUUCGUGCUAGGAAACAUGAUCAUCUUGAUCCUGUUAUUCAAAUCUCGAGUGGUUGAAAAUGGCGAUCAUAACGAUAAGAUCGAUGUUUAUGAUGAGUACGUUAGAAGUUGUGAAAAGAGGGUGGUACAUAACAGUACUACUAUUUCUACUUGUGAAACAAAUAAUCUUGUUUCAAGUAAUGAUAGAAAGAUUUGUAGGAGUCAAUCCGGGAGUAUGGUGAAAGUGAAAUGCCAACAUAACCGAGUUUAUAAGAAAUUAAGGCGGUCUGUGACAGAUAAAAAAAUAGUAAAGAGCGUCGAUGGUGGUGGUGGUGGUGGCGGCGAAACAGUUGUCGUGUCCAAGGAUGAACUGAGUAGCGAUGAAUUUAGACGAACAGUGGAGGCGUUUAUCGCAAGACAACAACAAUCGCUACGAGAUGAAGAGUUGGCUCCUGUACCGUACAUAGGUCCAUAAGUAAAUAAUAUAUAGUAUUAAUUUGGGUCUGUUUAAUUUUUACUUGAUUCAUGCAAAACAACGUCGUAUACCUAAAUGAAGCAAGUUCAAUAUAGAUAAUGAAUCUAGUUUGUAACCCUUAUAAUUGACAAAUGAUAUUGUAAUCAUAAUCUACAAUUAAGUUCUGAUGCACACUAGUUAAUGAAUUCUUAUGGUUAAGUA